GGCGGAGCGGCCUGGAGGAGGAGGCGGAGGAGAAGGGGGCGGCUUGGUUGCGCGGUACUAGCGGUGCCCGCCGAAGGGGGAGGAGGCGGAGGAGCGAGCCGAGCGGUCAGAGCGGGAAAGCGACUCGUCUCUGCGUCCGAGUUGUGGAGCCGCCGCACCCCGGCUCCUGGGGCUGUGGCACGGACUGUGAGGUGAGGGGCGUCCACUGUCUCCCGGGUUCCCCUCGGAGCGACCCGCGGGAUCGGAAAAAGGGAGAAGAUGGAGGAGAAGGGCGGCAGCGGCAGCGGCAGCGGCAGCGGCGACGUGGGGACCGGCGGGGACGGCGGCGAGCAGCUCUUUACUGUCAAGCACGAGCUGCGGACCGCUAAUUUAACAGGACAUACCGAGAAAGUGGGGAUUGAAAAUUUUGAGCUGCUGAAGGUUCUAGGAACUGGAGCUUAUGGAAAAGUGUUUCUAGUUCGUAAAGUAAGUGGUCAUGAUGCUGGAAAGUUGUAUGCCAUGAAAGUUUUGAAGAAGGCAACAAUUGUUCAAAAGGCCAAAACCACAGAGCAUACAAGGACAGAGCGACAAGUCUUGGAGCACAUUAGGCAGUCGCCAUUUUUGGUGACAUUGCACUAUGCCUUCCAGACAGAAACUAAACUUCAUCUCAUCUUAGAUUAUAUAAAUGGUGGAGAACUUUUUACUCAUCUUUCUCAAAGAGAGCGUUUCACAGAGCGCGAGGUGCAGAUCUAUGUUGGAGAGAUUGUGCUUGCCCUUGAACAUCUGCACAAGUUGGGCAUUAUAUACCGGGACAUUAAGCUUGAGAAUAUUCUACUUGAUUCUAACGGCCAUGUGGUGCUGACAGAUUUUGGUCUGAGUAAAGAGUUUGUGGCUGAUGAAACUGAAAGAGCAUAUUCCUUUUGUGGAACUAUUGAAUACAUGGCACCAGAUAUUGUCAGAGGGGGAGAUUCAGGACAUGACAAGGCAGUUGACUGGUGGAGUUUAGGUGUCCUAAUGUACGAGUUACUAACUGGAGCAUCUCCUUUCACUGUUGAUGGAGAAAAAAAUUCCCAAGCUGAGAUAUCUAGGAGAAUAUUAAAAAGUGAGCCUCCAUAUCCCCAAGAAAUGAGUGCAUUAGCGAAGGACCUGAUUCAGCGUCUUCUGAUGAAAGACCCCAAGAAGAGACUGGGUUGUGGCCCGCGGGACGCAGAUGAAAUUAAAGAACAUCUCUUCUUCCAGAAAAUAAAUUGGGAUGACUUAGCUGCCAAAAAAGUCUCUGCCCCAUUUAAGCCAGUCAUCCGAGAUGAGUUGGACGUGAGUAACUUUGCCGAGGAGUUCACGGAGAUGGACCCCACCUAUUCUCCGGCAGCCCUGCCACAGAGCUCCGAGAGGCUGUUCCAGGGCUAUUCCUUCGUUGCCCCUUCGAUCCUAUUCAAACGUAACGCAGCUGUGAUAGAUCCUCUUCAGUUUCACAUGGGAGUCGAGCGUCCCGGGGUGACAAAUGUUGCCCGGAGUGCCAUGAUGAAGGACUCUCCAUUCUAUCAAUACUAUGACCUGGAUUUAAAGGACAAGCCAUUAGGAGAAGGAAGCUUUUCAAUCUGUCGAAAGUGUGUACACAAAAAAAGUAACCAAGCAUUUGCAGUGAAAAUAAUCAGCAAAAGGAUGGAAGCCAAUACUCAGAAAGAAAUAACAGCACUGAAGCUCUGUGAAGGACACCCCAAUAUUGUGAAGUUGCAUGAAAUUUUUCAUGAUCAGCUUCAUACAUUUCUGGUGAUGGAACUUCUGAAUGGGGGAGAGCUGUUUGAACGCAUCAAGAAAAAGAAACACUUCAGUGAGACUGAAGCCAGCUACAUCAUGCGGAAGCUUGUUUCAGCCGUGAGCCACAUGCAUGAUGUCGGAGUCGUGCACAGAGAUCUCAAACCUGAGAAUUUAUUAUUCACUGAUGAAAAUGACAAUUUGGAAAUUAAAGUAAUUGAUUUUGGGUUUGCACGCCUCAAGCCCCCUGACAAUCAACCUCUGAAGACCCCGUGCUUUACUCUUCAUUACGCAGCCCCAGAGCUAUUGAAUCAUAAUGGCUACGAUGAGUCUUGUGACCUGUGGAGCUUGGGCGUCAUCUUGUACACAAUGUUGUCAGGGCAGGUUCCAUUCCAGUCUCACAACAGAAGCUUGACGUGCACUAGCGCAGUGGAAAUCAUGAAGAAAAUUAAAAAGGGGGAUUUCUCCUUUGAAGGGGAAGCCUGGAAGAAUGUGUCCCAAGAGGCUAAGGAUUUGAUCCAAGGACUUCUUACAGUUGAUCCAAAUAAAAGGCUUAAAAUGUCUAGCUUGAGGUACAAUGAAUGGCUUCAAGAUGGCAGCCAGCUGUCCUCGAAUCCUCUCAUGACUCCCGACAUUCUGGGAUCGUCAGGAGCUGCUGUGCAGACCUGUGUGAAAGCAACCUUCCACGCCUUUAACAAAUACAAGAGAGAGGGGUUUUGCCUUCAAAAUGUCGAUAAGGCCCCCUUGGCCAAGAGAAGGAAAAUGAAAAAGACCAGCACCAGCACGGAGACUCGCAGCAGCUCCAGUGAGAGCUCCCACUCGUCCUCCUCCCAUUCGCAUGGGAAAACCACGCCCACCAAGGCGCUGCCAGCCAGCAACCCCGCGGACAGCACCAACCCAGAGACCCUCUUCCAGUUCUCAGACUGAGUGGCAGAGGAGGGGGAGGGAUGUCAGCAGUGAGCCAUCGCACCUUUGUUUGCCUCAGCAUGUGCCUGAGGUGAUGUUCUGUGCUUUAAAAACAACAAAAAAGUGUCUCCUUGGUCUCAUUGGAAUCUGCCUCUUAAUGAUUUUUUCAGGAAAACCUGUUGGUUAUCCUCAUCCAAAAGCACUGGAUAGAGAAUGUUACUGUGAAUAGAACACGGGGUAUUUUUAGUGACCUGCCAUGAGGACACCGGGACCAUUCUUGAAAGAACAAAUAGUUUUGGUUAGAGUAGGUAGGGACUGAUCAGAUUGCCCA